CGUUUUUUUGCCUUACUCGGUCCGUUGCGCUUCAGAGGUGUUAAUCAAACAGUUGAUGGUGGUGCUGUUGUUGUCUGCAGAAGAGCAACAUUCUAGUCUGGAAUUAUUUUGCCGCUUAAUCUGGUUCCGAAGAGAGGUGUGAAUUAUCGUGCUGCUAUAAUGAACAGCUGAUAGAGCUCGGACUGGACUGGCAAUUUUGAAAGAAACUAACCCUAUAAAUAGCUGUGAAGAAACCUUUUCUUUCCUCCCCAAAUUAAACCGGAGGAAGUGCUGUGGAUCGAAUCGCGAUUACUGCGAGUGAAGGCGGAAUGUAAUUCAGCAUUCAGAUAAGAUCAAGGCUUAGUGCGAGUGUGGCCGAGAAAUUGGUGCAAGGGGGUCAAUUACCGAUGGUAGUAUAAUUGGAUCUGUAAACAGUGGGAAUCUCGAACGACGGGUGACAGUGGGGUGGACGGUGGUGCUGGCGCAGAACGUUCGAGGUUAGGAUUACUUAGCCAUCAAUCUUGCAUGAGCAGAAGUUGUUUGAUUGUGAGAGAGAGAAAAAGAAAUAUGGAAUCCACUGGUAAACAUGGUUAUUUACCGAAAUCUGUUUGGCUUGUAUGUUCGUGAUCGAAUUCGCUAACUUAUCUGACAGUGAUGAUGAUCGCAUCGGGGAAGGAUAUAUUGGGACCCAUUCGGUGUGCUCGAUGGAGGUGCUAAAAAAAAGGAAGCUACCAGAAAGAAGUGUCGAACAAAAAUUCAGUCAGAUGAAAAUGUUCACCAGUUCGGUACUGAAUCUGGCUUGAAUAUUUCAUUGGGAUUGCUGGCAGGAAGCUUCAUUAUGUCGCAUUAACGAUUUCCUUCCAAUCGACAGACAGAGCGCCGUCGGUUUUCCGACCGAAUACCGCUUCCCAUCAAGAUGCGUGGAACCGAUUUCACUGAUGGGUUGAGUUGGUGAACCGUGCGAAUGCUUUCCCGGAAUGUUUUUGUGUAGUCAGAAGAUAGAAGAAUUUCCUCAAAAUUAGCUUUGUCGGAUGCUAAUGAAGUGCCAAAUAGAGAAGCUCUAUAGUGUAUUGCAUAGCUUCGUGUUCGAAAUAUCGUGAUGUGAUUCAUGAAUUAAAAGAAGAAAAAGAUGUAACUUUUCGCUGGCAAAUGACAGUGUGUUUGGUGUUUGGUAACGAAAAACCCGGAAAACUGACAACCGAUCCUCAUUAAAAACUGAAAACCAUCGAGCGGUGCUGGUGGUGGUGGUGGCGGCCGCGGGUCUAGCACCCCCCUUUCUAGGUGGAAACAAUUUUUCGUGCCAAACUUUGCGAAUAAUGAACGCAUGCAGCUCGAAGCGGUUGCAUCGUAAAGUUUUCCGGAUCGUUUUAGCAUUACUGUGUUAUCUGUCCUCCGUGGGAACGGGCGGUAUGGGCCACUCCUUUUUCGUUCGAACCGCUCCGCUCGGUAAUAAUUUCACUUCAACCAUUGAAACGGCGGUCGAAAUGGUUUCCCCGGCCGCGAGCCCCGAUCUGAUGCCGCCGGACGGCAACCAGACCUUGGUGUUGGAAUUCAACGGCACAUUGACGACCCACGAAUUGAAACGGGGUUUGUGCCGUUGCUGGAAUUCUACCGACGAGUUCCUGGAAGAAGUCCAGUGCCGAUGUGAGGGACGUUCGAUACUGAAGAUCCCACAGAAGCUGACCUCGAUGCAGAAGCUAAUUCUGGAGAAGGUUGGCAUCAAACGGCUGAGGGAGAAUGCUCUCGCGGUGUACGCAGACGAGUUGCGAGAUUUAUUUCUCAUGUACCUGAGGGAAUUCCAUCUCGUUGAACCGCGGGCUUUUUCCAAACUGCGAAAUCUGCGAACGUUGUAUAUAGCUCACGCACCCAAACUUCAGUUCCUGGAAGCAAAUGUGUUCGAAGGCAUAUCCAGCAAACUGAAAACAUUACGCAUCAUCAACUGUGGACUGCUGGCAGUACCGGAUAUGCGAAUGCUUUCUGAUCGCAUUAUUCUCCACAUGGUUGAUCUAGACGGAAAUCACAUCCAGGAAAUUCACGAGAGAGCCAUACGAAUCAAGACUGAUGAAUUAAUUUUAGAUAACAACGCACUCUCCCAAAUACAUGGUGAUGCAUUUACCGGCUCGGAGUUAGCCAAACUCAGUCUGAAGCUCAACUUCAAGCUGAAACACAUCCAUCAACGGGCUUUCGUUGGAAUCCAGAAUAUAAGAGAGCUUGACCUGUCCAGCACCGCAAUCGAAGAUAUGCCCUCGGAUGGGCUGAAUGAUUUGGAAAUAUUGCGCAUACAGAACACACACUCACUGAAGACGAUACCGUCGGUGUACAACUUCAAGAAUUUACAGACCGCUUAUCUGACACAUUCGUUCCACUGCUGUGCAUUCAAGUUCCCGGCCCGGCACGACCCGAGCGGACACCAGCAGGACCUGCGGCGAUUUCAUCAGGACCAGAAAAAUUGCAUCGCCAAGGGGUACGCUACCCCCAAUGUGCGCCUGGCGAACCUGGAAACGGUGGACAGUACGGUGCGUACCGGGGAGCAGCAGCUUGUCGAUUCGGAGUUUUCCCGGCGUCGGAAAAGACACGCUUCAUUGGACGAGCAAAGUUUCAGUCGAUUGCGCAGCUUGUCCCCAAAUUUACACCUCGUCGAGAAGGAUGGUUCCUUGGAGGAAGAGGAGGAGCAGCAAGGGAUUGGGUUGGUGAGCCCUCUGAAGAGCGAACUUUCCAUGGAGGGUGAUAGUUUUUUCCAGCCUAUCACCGGGUCACCGAUGGAGGACAGCGUUCUGCGGGAGGAUGUUUCCGACAUGUAUAUCGAGAACCCACUGCCGGGGGUGUUCCAUCAAGCGAUCGAACCGUUGUCGAUGGAGGCACUCUGCGGGAAUUUAACCCCUACAACUUUCGACGUUAAAUGUUACCCGAUGCCCGAUGCUCUGAACCCCUGCGAAGAUGUUAUGGGCUCCCACUGGCUGCGGGGUUCCGUGUGGGUGGUGGUACUUUUGGCUGUGUUCGGAAAUGUAGCCGUGUUGGUUGUUUUGUUUUCGAACAGUGACCUGACUGUGCCAAAGUUUUUAAUUUGCAAUUUGGCGAUCGCUGAUCUUUGUAUGGGGGUGUAUUUGCUGCUUAUUGCGUCCAUCGAUGCGCACUCGAUGGGAGAGUAUUUCAACUAUGCAUUCGAUUGGCAGUACGGUUCCGGUUGUAAGGUGGCAGGAUUCCUGACGGUGUUCGCUAGUCAUCUGUCGAUUUUUACCCUGACCAUCGUCACCCUGGAACGUUGGUUCGCCAUCACCCAUGCGAUUUAUCUGAACCGUCGCAUCAAAUUGUCGGCUGCCACGUACAUCAUGAUCACCGGAUGGAUCUAUUCGUUCGUGAUGGCAGCGCUGCCACUGUUCGGAAUAAGCAACUAUUCCUCGACCAGCAUUUGUCUGCCGAUGGAGGCGCGUGAUAGUUUGGAUAUUGCCUACCUGUUAACGGUGCUAGGGAUCAAUGGGUUGGCAUUCGUAAUCAUCGUGAUUUGCUACGCUCAGAUCUACUUUUCGCUGGGCAAAGAAACACGCCAUGUGGCACGGACGGCACACGCCGGUGAAAUGACGGUGGCGAAAAAGAUGGCGCUGCUGGUAUUUACAAACUUUGCCUGCUGGGCACCGAUAGCUUUCUUCGGUCUGACCGCCAUUGCAGGCUAUCCACUGAUUGAUGUGACCAAGUCGAAAAUUUUGCUGGUGUUUUUCUAUCCGCUGAAUUCAUGUGCCAAUCCAUACUUGUAUGCCAUUACGACAGUCCAGUACCGGAGAGAUCUUUUCAUGUUGCUUUCAAACUAUGGAUUUUGUACUCAAAGAGCACAACAGUACAAGAUGACUUAUUCUUUGCCGACCAACACAAUCCAAAUAGCACCGGCGAGAGGAUCAAUCACGGCGACAUUCAAUUCCAACACGUGCGGAACCGUCAUUAGCAAUGCUGUCAGCGCUAGUCACCCAUUGAAUAACAAUUUUGGCUCGACGGAGUUGUACGGAGCUAGCAAAACGGUGGAAUGUGAAUCGAUUACCAAUGGCAACGGACAUGCCAAUAUCGUAGAAGUGAUAGAGGAAGAACGUGAAACUUUUCUUUGAGCUGUUUGAAAAAAAAAAAACUGGCAAUUGAAGAUGGGAGCUUUUCGCCUGUCAGGUGGAAGCUUUCUGGAUGAAUCUCUUGUGUUCUGGUUCCGGUGCCGGUAACAGAUGGCAAAAGCCAUAAACUUACGUAUUUCAUAAAUGUUCAUUCCCAAUAUGAAUGUGAUACUAACUAGAAACCGCGUCAACGUGUGCUAUAUUGUUAUCCAUGCUUAUCGAAGCCGUGACGGGAGUUGUCAAAAAAUAUGUUUGCUAACUAAAUACUCGUUCGAUGCGUGCGUGGUCGCUUGGGCGCGAACAACAAAAGCAACAUACAACAACCGUUUUUAUUGUGUGUGCUCCUAAGAACAGAUGUAUUUUAAUAUAUUAUAUACAACAGCAAAAAAGUGGCGACGCCAGGUAGUCGAAUCAUUUGAUUAAUGUGAUGACAGCUACGGAGCGGGAAAGUUUUCAUUUCGUAUCCGCUUUCUAAUAUGUUCGCAUUAACACACUGGAUGGGAAGUGUGUGUGUGUGUUUUGUACGGCCAGCCGGAAAUAAAACUUUGCCAUGACAAAGAAAAACAUACUUAUCCUGUUACAGCUACCGCAAAGACUGCAAAUCAUUUCCGAAGCAUGUGAUGACUAUCGAUUAAAGUCGUUGGGCGCUCGUUGGGAUUUUUGGAUGGUUUUUCUUUAUAUCACAAAAGAUGUUUAG